UAAUUUUACGGACCUAUGCACCUACCAACUUCCUCAACAAAAUCCAAAGACUCUAUGACUAGUCCAAGACUUCCUACGUGUCGGUGGGCUUAGAGACUGUCACUUAAAACACAUCACAGCUCGUCGUUUUUAUAUUCUCUAUUGGCACACAUUCCUGGAAGAUUUUAAAACCUCGCGAAGUAGUUGUGUUUGGUCCUCAUCUCAAGUCUUCUCCGCUUCGCUUUUUUUUUUUAUCUCAUUCUCUCCAAUCCCAAUCACAUCCUCUCUCUUUCUUCUCCGACACGAUUUCCAAAACUCGUCCAAACCUUGUAUCUGUUCGAAUGGGUCGUCGUGGUAUCUCCUCAGAGACGUCGUCGCUCGCUCCAGGGUUCCGGUUCCACCCAACGGACGAAGAACUCGUCCGUUACUACCUAAAACGCAAGAUCUGCGACAAACCCUUUAAGUUCGACGCGAUCUCCGUCACGCACGUGUACAAAUCCGAGCCGUGGGAUCUCCCAAGUCAGUCGAAGCUGAAGAGCAGAGACUUGGAGUGGUACUUCUUCAGCGUGCUCGAUAACAAAUACUCUAACGGGUCCAAGACGAACCGUGCGACUGAGAUGGGGUACUGGAAGACGACGGGGAAGGAUCGGGAGAUUCGUAAUGGGUCGAGAGUUGUUGGGAUGAAGAAGACUCUUGUUUAUCAUAAAGGUCGUGCUCCUCGUGGUGAGAGGAGUAAUUGGGUUAUGCAUGAGUAUCGUUUGGUUGAUGAUGAUAUUGUGAAAGCUGGUGUUCAGAAAGAUGCGUAUGUGCUUUGUAAGAUAUUCCAGAAGAGUGGGUCUGGUCCUAAAAAUGGAGAGCAGUAUGGUGCUCCGUUUGUUGAGGAAGAGUGGGAGGAGGAGGAUUGUAUGACUUUUGAGCCUAAUCAAGAUCCUGGAAGCCUUGAAGAUCAGGCUUAUGUCGACAUCCAUGACAUUGAUCAGAAGCUUGACGUCUAUGAUGCCAUUCCUAUUCAUUUGGGAUUUGAUCAAGGGGAAUCCAGCAAUAACGUUGAAACAAACUACUCAGACACAACAAACUAUAUCCAACCUGGAAACUAUGUGCAUGACAACUUUGAAGGACCAGUGGACCUUUCAGAGGAAGAACAGAAGCUUAUCAUCCGUGAUGCAUUGUUUCCAGAUGAAGAAAAUGGAUGUGGAGUCAAGGACGAGAGCACGGCAAACUUGCAAUCUUGUGACAACAUCUUUGACGCUGAUACAUCACUCUACAAUGAUUUUCCUAUUGAGGGUAACUACUUUACCGGUGAGGAGUUUCUGGACCCGAACGAUGGUCUGUACCUAGAGACGAAUGAUCUCAACAGUACCGAGCAAGAUGGUUUCAACUUUGAAGAUUAUCUCACCUUCUUUGAUGAGGAUGACCAAAACUUGACUUUUGAUCCUUCUCAACUGAUGGGAACUGAAGAUGUUGUUCCCGAUCAAGAAGAGCUCUUUCAAAUGGCUGAGGCCAAGGAAGUGGAGAAAGAGGAAGCCUCAGGAGGCAAACAAGUGGUGGAAGAAAAGGAGAAUGAUGAAGCAUGUUGUUCGAAACAAGUCAAUGCAGACACAACAGAGUUUGAGCCAGAUAACAAGAACUCGGUGCUCAAGAAGGCGAGCCACAUGUUUGGUGCUAUUCCCACUCCAACUGAAUUUGCUUCGGAGAUCCUCACCAAGGAUGGAGUUGUCCGGCUACAAGCAGGACAGUCAUCAGGUUCGGUUCACGUAAGUAUGAUCACAGUAUCAGACAGCAACAUGGGUUGGUCAUACAGCAAAAACGGGGACCUUUCUUUCGGUAUGGUCCAAGAGAAUGUGCCAGGAAAAUCAGAAAAUAAUUUAACAAGAAUGAUGCUAAUCUUCGUAUGCUUCUGGGUCCUAGUGCUCUCGGUUAGCUUCAAAGUAAGCACCUUGGUUUCUUCUCGGUGAUAAUAAGUAACGACUUUAAAAAAAAAAAGACAAAGACCUUUGUGUGUUGAACACAUUGAUUGUGAUAUAGGUUUUACUUGUAGUCUCCUUCUGCUACUCAAUGAUUCUAUAUCACAAGACAUAUAAAAAUAAUGUAUAUGUAUCAGAGUUCAAAAUUAUUCUCGUCUUUGUUGCAUUACAAAACGUCUUCCAUCAAUGCCCCAAACAAAAUGUCUCCUCUUUAUUACAAACACAUGGAGUUCUCUUCAACUAACAAACCAAUCAAAAUUCCAAACGACCAUAACCCUAUUUUUUUUAUUCAAAGAACAUUGUUUCACCAGAAAUUGGUUUUAUUUUUUUGCCCGGAACCCUCAAACAUUCCUUUUGUCAGAACGCUCACCAGACACUCCUUUACCGCUAAGCCAACAUCUGAAGAUUACAAUAAACCGAGACAGCUACAUGAUUUUCAUGAGUUUUCUGAUUUUUUGGUUGGAUCAAGGAACAUUGUUUCACGAGAAGAUACGUUAAUAAAACCGGUUUGUCACUACCCUUCACGAGGAACCAGUGAGAGCUACGUACCCUCUUUAACGAAAUUCAAGUCUCUAGGUUGGUGGGGAUACCACAAAAGCUUUGUCCAUUACAUAGACUGAAGUUCUUAUAAGGUCCUUCAUUGAAUUACUCAUUAGAAUCCUUUGAAUGACAUACCUCCAGUGUGACAAGGUUCUUCUUGAAUCAUUGAUUAGUACCUUUUCCAAUUAAAAUUAAAAAGUCUAGCAACAACUUAAAAGCGUCGAAAAUAAAGGAGUAAACAAAUCAUUAGGCCCUGCUUUUCUUGUUUCUUCUGUGACGAACCCAUCCAUUGAGGAGUGAUUUUAUUUUAUGAAUAUGAAUUAUGAUUAAUGAUUUUUAAUUUAAUUAAAUUUUUUUUUAAUUCGUGGCUUAUUUAAUGACCAUUGGCAUUUUGGCACCUCUCUCUCUUGUGCCAUAUAUAAACUGCCGGCUCUCUCCUUCUUCCUCAAUCUUUCCAGAUUUUUCUCCGUUUAAUUUUAGCAACUUUUUUUUUAACUUGCUUGUUUUUCGUUUCGCCAUUGACCAAGUUACUCGAAGAAAAAAGGAAAGUGAAAAUUUAGGGAUUUUUUUCUGGGCGAUUAUUGUAUAUGAUUAUCAUCAGGUGCGAUUACAAUUGAGUGCAAAUUGUUUUGGAUGUGGAGAUGUUGUGCUAUCAAUCAUGAUUGUGUUCCUUUGGUUUAGAUUCUGAGUGUGAUGAAGCUUUUGUGUACAUUUUGAUAAAUUUGAUUUAGAAAAAAAAA